CAGUAGGGUAAGCAUUUUAGCUGUUUUCUCGUUUCCUUUAGUAGCCUACUAAGUUGUCAAGUAAAAACAACUUUCCACAACUCAUUUGAACAAUAAAUUGGUUGUCUAUCUAUAUUAAUGUCUAUUUAACUGUAAACGGCUGAAUUUGUUUUCUUUCUUUUUUUAAAUGCAUUCAGUGCGAUCAGUUUUCUAACAGCGUUUCUUGUACGUUAAGAAACGAGACCCCACAGGUGUGCGUGUCUUAAAUUCGAGUAAAGUGGACAGUCAGUGGAUUACUCUUUAUGAAGUGCACAGGAAACCGAAGACGCGCAUGCGCAGAGCAGUUACAGCAGCAGACAAUGACUGAGGUAAUGCUCAUUAGCCGCUUUAAACAGUCUAAAGACGGUGCUUACUUUAAAAGUUUUGUGACACAGACAAGCGUGAGCGCGGGAAGCGGAUAAUAAUGGGCUAAACGUGUCUCCCUCCUCCUGCAGGGUCCUUUCUGAUGCCGUUAUAAAGUCAAAUUGGCAAAGGCAUCAACGUCAAUAGGGAAAAUGCCUGAUUUAAGAAGUCGCAAGGAAUUCUACAAAUAUCUCACUGUAGAGCUGGUGAUCAUGGCGGGCACGGUCAUGCUGGCAUAUUACUUCGAGUACACGGACACGUUCAACGUGCACGUGCAGGGCUUCUUCUGCUACGAGACCGCGUACACGAAACCCUACCUCGGACCCGAGGACACGAGCGCCAUCCCGCCCGCCCUGCUGUACGCGGUGGUCACCGGUGUCCCCACACUGAUGAUCACCGUGACAGAAACGGUGUUGUUCUUGAUACAGUACACGUCCAAAGAUCUUGACAGUCGAGAGAAGACCAUGGUGACUGGGGACUGCUGUUACCUCAAUCCAUUAGUGCGGAGAACUUUUCGUUUCCUUGGUGUAUACUUGUUUGGCCUGUUCACCACAGACAUCUUUGUGAAUGCCGGUCAGGUGGUAACGGGGAAUUUGGCUCCUCAUUUUCUGACUGUGUGCAAACCCAACUUCACAGCUCUGGGUUGCCAGCAAGCUCUUCGCUAUAUCAGCCAUCAGGAAGCCUGCACUGGCAAUGAGGACGACAUCCUGCGUGCCCGCAAGACCUUCCCUUCAAAAGAGGCCGCACUCAGUGUUUAUGCUGCUGUCUAUAUGGCUAUGUACAUCACAUUUACAGUGAAAGCCAAAGGAACUCGUCUGGCUAAACCAGUCAUGUCUUUGGGCCUGAUGUGCUUGGCCUUUCUAACUGGUAUAAACAGGGUGGCGGAGUAUCGAAACCACUGGUCUGAUGUCAUCGCCGGGUUUAUCAUCGGUGUGGCCAUCGCCACCUUUCUAGUGGUGUGCGUGGUCCAUAACUUCAAAGGCAAACAGCUGCUGGAUGACGAUCAUUCACAGGACAACCUAAGCAGCAAUCCGAUGGUCAGCUCACCAAGGAUGGAGAGUCCGCUGGAGAAAUACAUCGCCUCGCAGAAUCACAUCGCCUUCGCUGAGAUCACGUGACCUCGAAUCAGCCGUAUGGCAAACACACUGGACAUCCACGCUGUUCACCGUCCAGACCCGAUAACCACGACUCAAUGCUAAAUGCAUAUCCUCCAUGGUGUCCUUUCCAAUGCCUCUGCCCUUGCUGUGUGUGUGUGUGCGUGCGUGCGUGCGUGGAAACACUGUCAACUAUUAACUGUUUUCAUAACACAGAUAAAGACUAAGAUUUACACUUCACAUUCCCCUGACCGCUUCUGUUGGCUUUUCUUGCAAAUGGAGCUCAAAUUCAAAGCUCAGAAAAUCUCAGCUGCUUGCGUUUAUGGAGUGUGUGUGUGUGUGUGUGUGUGUGUGUGUGUGUGUGUAUGAGAGCUCUAUGAUGACAUUGAUGCAAAUACCUACCUAUGGAAUUCAAAAUGGACUUGCAGUCGUGGAUAUGUGUGUUUUUCUUUGUCAGCGGAUAUUCCAGAAUAUGUUUAUGGCUGAAUUUGUUUGUGUUCUAGUGCUUGCGUUGGAUGACUGCAAACAUGCUGAAGCCUGAUUCUGCCUCAGAGGAUUAAAAAUAAGGUAGUUUUGAUUCUAUUUGUUUUGAAACUGUAACACUGUGUUUUAUAAAUUAAGUCUUGUGUUGA